AUGACUCCUGGGAGCUGGGAGAAAAUAUCGAAUGCACUUAUACAACUACAGAGACGUCUGAAAAAGGAGCUGAAGGCUGAGAUUAAGAAAGAGAUUAGCCAAGAAAAGACGUCCGUUGUCGGUGGAAGCAGCAUUUUGACCAACCAUGACCCUAGCGGUGCGCGAAGGAAGGCCGACAUUGAGCGGGUGAGGAUAAAGGCUGAGCAGAACCGAGUUGCUGAGGCUUUCAAAAGGUUAGAAAAGGAAGAAGGAGCAUCGGCACAUCAGGCUUCAAGCUCGGAUGUUCAGCCAAACGCUAGCAGUACUCAACAUGGCCAUGCUGAAUAUCUCGCUGAAUGCGAUAUUUGCUCCCGAGAAACAUCGCGAAAUUGCAGUUUAUGCCAGAGGGACUUCUACUGCAGCCAAUCGUGCGAGGACAAGCGCUCCGGAAGGCAUCUCUUCACCUGUGCGAAACGCCCCUUAACAUCCGCGGAUGUCCUAUAUAGAAGCAUUGGAGAAGACCGGAUGCCUGAAGAAGAGGAUGUUUGCGCAGGCUUCGGCUUCAAUUACUUCGAGUCAUUUGCAGACAAGAAGAAGUUUUUUACCAGGUACCUGAGCGAUACCGGGGUGGAUAUUUCCCAUGGUUUCUAG